GGAGGGGCGUGUAAGACUAGUGUGCAAUGGUUGGUUGGGUGGCUUUGAGAUUUGGGCGUGCAUGGCUCCGUGGUGGCGCACUCUAGGUUUGGUUGCUAUGGUAGCCAGAGGCGUGGUCAAGGCGAACAAUUGUCCUCCUUUCCAGGGUCCCGUCCCCACCCCCUUUCAGAAAACUGCCCCCCUGAGCACAGAGACCUCUCUUUUCCCCUACACCUCCAAAUCUCUAACUUUGCCAUCAGUGGCAUCAAUAGCAACGAGGUGCCCAACUCUGCUUUGUGGUGCUGGGAGAAUUGAAGAGAAGGGAGGGGACAGGGAGGGACAGCCACCUGGGAGUAAGAUAGGUACUGCCCUGCUGGCAGCUGUCCCCUGACUACUACGCUUUCCGCUCUAGAGUUAAGCAGAGUUAAAGAGAAACAGUUUUCUGGAAGAAGUUGAUCAAGAAUGGCUUUAACUGAUAAGAGACUUGAAAAUUUGCAGAUAUACAAAGUUCUUCAAUGUGUCCGUAACAAAGAUAAGAAGCAAAUAGAGAAACUGACCAAGUUGGGAUACCCUGAACUUAUUAAUUUCACUGAGCCCACAAAUGGCCAUAGUGCCCUUCAUUUGGCUGCUGUCUCAAAUGAUGAUGACAUGGUUAGCUUUCUCCUUGACAUGGGAGCUCAUCCUGAUGUGCAAGACCGAAUGGGCUGUACUCCAACUAUGCGAGCCGCAGAACUGGGCCAUGACAUAACAAUGGACAAAUUAGCCAAAGCACAAGCAGACAUGACCAUAGUUGACAAUGAAGGAAAAGGAAUUCUGUUUUAUUGUUUAUUGCCCACCAAAAGACACUAUCGCUGUGUUCUGAUCGCCCUGGAAAAUGGGGCAGAUGUCAACAACUGUACAUUUGAUGGAAAGCCUAUAUUUCUUAGAGCUUGUGAAGAAGCAAGUCAAAUUAAAGACGUGUGCUUGAGGUUUUUGGAAAAAGGAUCUAAUCCAGAUGCAAUUAAUUCGUCAACAGGUCGAACUGCAUUAAUGGAAGCCGCCAGAGAAGGAGUAAUAGAAGUGGUUCGAGGUAUACUUGAAAGAGGAGGAGAUGUUAAUGCUUAUGACAAUGAGAGGCAACAUGCUUCACAUUUUGCUGCCAAAGGAGGCUUUUUUGAUAUACUGAAGCUUUUAUCUGCUUAUAAUGGAGAUAUGGGAAUUAUUGCAAUGAAUGGAAAUACACCACUCCAUUAUGCUGCCAUGGGGGGUUAUGCAGACUGCUGUAAGUUUAUAGCUCAACGAGGAUGUGAUCUAAAAUGGAAGAACUUAGAGCACAAGACACCAAGAAAUGUUGCUAAAGAAUCUGGCUUCAAGGCAGCAUCUAAAGAAAUACGCAAAGCUGAGCGGCUUGACAAAAAACUAUCCAGGCCUGGAGUGAAAAAUCCAAAUCCACGCUUUGCUGUUAGAUUACAUGACUGGAGUAAUGAACAUGAAAAAGAAGUGCGUGAAUCACUUGGUUCAAUGGACCGUGGUGAUGGAACUGUAACUAAAGAAGACUUUGUGUUGACGCUUGCGGACAUGCAGACCUUAGCAGACAGUGAGGAAUUGCUUCUUAUUGCUCAGCUACAUGAAAAAAUACGAGGGGCAGGUGUUAAUAUUAAUGAUUUCAUUAAGGGGACCAAAUAUUUGCAAAAGGCCUUUGUGUUAUCAUCCUAUGGACCUAAGAAAAAGAAGAAGGGAAGGGGUAAGAAAGCCAAGAAAGGCAAGUUUGUCCUUCCUCUUCCAGUAUGCUAUAUUCCUGACAAUGUGUUUCAACGUCGAAAGGAAGGUGGGCCACCAUAUUAUAUGAUUGAAACUUAUCACAAUCUUUCAGACUUAAAUAGGUAUAAUAGAGAUCUUCCACCCAAACAUCCCAUUCAGGAUGAUUCUUUCUGGUAUAUUGAUGACCCUGGAAAAACAUACUCCAAUAUUAAUUACAUCACUAAAUCUGGAGAUCUGGCAUCCCUGAAAAAGGCCUUUGAAUCAGGAAUACCAGUGGAUAUGAAGGACAACUUUUAUAAAACUCCACUAAUGACAGCCUGUGAAAAUGGCAACAUGGAAGCUGUGAAAUUUCUUCUUGAAAGGGGGGCUGAUGUUAAUGCAACAGAUAAUUUCUUGUGGACUCCACUCCAUCAUGCAUGCCAUGCAGGUCAACAAGAUAUUGUUGAAUUUCUUAUUGAAAAUGGAGCCAUAAUAGAUGCACCUUCAAUCAAUAAUUCCACACCUUUAAUGAGAGCUAUUGAAAGCUGCAGACUGGAUACUGUACGAUAUUUAAUUGAAUUAGGUGCUAAAUUUCAGGCUACAAACAGAAAAGGACAAAAUGCUUUGGAUAUUGCCAAAGCCUAUGCUGACUACAGAAUAAUUGAGUAUAUCCAAGACAAGAUGGAUCGUUUGCCAAAAACAGUAGAACCUAAAGGAAAGGGUAAACAGAAGGCAUCUCCUAAAGCCGGGACUCCAGCUGGCGAAAUUAAAGAAGAGGAGGCACUUCCACCAGUUUACAAUAUUCCACCCAUAAAGGAAGUAAAAACGACCGUUAAGGAUAAUGUUGUUCAUCUCAAUUCCUUGAUUACCAGUGGAUUUACAAAGAAAGUUAACAUCACAUUUGUACCACAGAGAGUCUGGAGCCCUGAAGCUACAACUGCAGACUUAAUCAGGAAAAGAGAAAUGCGGCGUGAGCGUUUCACUUAUGAGGUGGACUUUGACGACUUCAUGAUGCCUUUUCAAAAGAAUUACACCCAAAAAGCUCAAGCUCUUGAAGCCACUAUGUCUCUUUAGAAUACUUCAAUUCUGUCUUUGGUAAAUGCCUUAAGUAGCAAAGACAGGGAUAUUUAGAGAAGUCAAGGCCAAACUGUAUAACUUUAAGCUUAAACACUUCAGAUUGCCAAUGAGAGCCAAAACUUUUUCUCCCUUUAACAACCAUAAAUAUUCUAUACUAUAGAAGAACCACA